AUGGACGAGGCGGGCAUCGCCGCCCUGCCGGGCAAAGGCGGCCGAGCUCCUCCGCAACAGCAGCAGCAGCAGCAGCAGCAGCAGCAGCAGCAGGCGGCGCCCCCGCAGGCGAAGGGCAGGGAGCUGUUCAGGAACCAGCGCAAGGAGUCAGAGGGCUCUGUGGACUGCCCCAACCUGGAAUUUGAAUAUGGAGACUCCGACUGCUGCGCUGCUGAGCUGUCAGAACUGUACAGUUACACGGAAGAGUCUGAGUUUGCCCUCAACAGGAAGUGCUUUGAGGAGGAUUUUCAAACACAAGUGAAGGACAAGCGAUGGACGGAACUGGAUUUGAGGCGGCAGAAGGCCUACGUGAUGCGGUUACUGGACGGGCUGGAGGUGGUGAACAGGGACAAGAGGCUAAAAGUUGCUCGUGCUAUCCUCUACCUGGCACAAGGUGUCUUUGGGGAUUGCGACACGGAAGCAGACGUCCUCCACUGGGCCCGGCACAACAACUUCCUGCUGUACCAGAUGGGAACGUUCACGGCUUUCCUGGAGCUGCUCAACAUGGAAAUGGCCAAUAGCCAGGCCUGCAGCAGCGCCCUGAGGAAACCGGCCAUCUCCCUGGCUGAUAGCACUGAACUCAGGGUGUUGCUGAGCGUCAUGUACCUGAUGGUGGAAACCAUCCGCGUGGAGGCGGAGAGCGACCCACCGAAGCGGAGAGCCUCCCGGGAGACGUUCAGGACCGAGCUGAGCUUCCCUGUGCACAGCGAGGAGCCCUUUGCGCUCUUGCUUUUUACCAUGGUGACCAAAUUCUGCAGUGGGCACGCUCCGCACUUCCCCAUGAAGAAAGUCCUGCUUUUGCUCUGGAAAGUGCUUGUGUUCACUCUGGGUGGCUUCGGCGCCCUCCAGGCCAUGAAGGUGAAGAAGCGCCUGGAUCUGGGCCUUCCGCCCCUGCCGGAAGACAGCAUCCAGGUCAUGCGGGGCAUGAGGGCCGCCUCUCCCCCGGCCUACGCCAUCGAGUUGGUGGAACAGCAGCAGCAGAAACGGGGGCACCGGAGCAGGAGGCCUCUGAUGAAGCAGGACAGCCUGGACAUCUACAACGAGAGGGAUCCCUUCAAGAACGACGAGGUGGCGGCGGACGAAGAGGAGGCCGACGAUAUCGAGAACGGCAUCAUCGAAGGCGAGCUGGACCUUCUAGAGCGGGACGUGGGCGUCCAGGCCGUAUCGGUUCCACACCCGCCUGCCGAGAGGGUCUCCUUCCCAAAAGGGCUUCCUUGGGCCCCCAAAGUCAGACAGAAGGACAUAGAACAUUUCCUGGAGGCGAGCAGGAACAAAUUCAUCGGAUUCACGCUUGGCCAAGACACGGACACCUUAGUAGGGUUGCCGCGCCCCAUCCAUGAAAGUGUGAAGACUCUAAAGCAGCACAAGUACAUCUCAAUCUCCGAAGUGCAGAUCAAGAAUGAGGAGGAGAUGGAGAAGUGCCCCAUGUCUUUGGGGGAAGAGGACGUUCAGGAGACACCUUGUGAAAUUCUCUAUCGGGUGAUGCUGUACAACUUGCCACAGUACAUGAUAGCCUUGCUGAAGAUCCUGCUAGCUGCAGCUCCAACGUCCAAAGCCAAGACUGAUUCGAUCAAUAUCCUGGCAGAUGUAUUACCAGAGGAGAUGCCGAUCACAGUCCUUCAGAGCAUGAAACUGGGGAUCGAUGUGAACAGGCACAAAGAGAUAAUUGUCAAGGCCAUUUCGGCAUUGCUCCUGCUGCUCCUGAAGCAUUUCAAGCUGAACCACAUUUAUCAGUUUGAAUAUGUCUCUCAGCAUCUAGUGUUUGCCAACUGCAUCCCAUUAAUUCUGAAGUUCUUCAACCAGAAUAUCAUGUCCUACAUAACUGCCAAAAACAGCAUAUCUGUCCUGGAUUAUCCCUCCUGUACUGUCCAUGAGUUACCGGAACUCAAUGCUGAAAGCCUAGAAACGGGAGACAACAACCAGUUCUGUUAUCGGAACCUGUUCUCCUGCAUCAACCUGCUGAGGAUUCUCAACAAACUGACCAAGUGGAAGCAUUCCAGGACCAUGAUGUUGGUAGUCUUCAAGUCUGCUCCGAUUCUGAAACGGGCUCUGAAAGUGAAGCAAGCCAUGAUGCAGCUCUAUGUCCUGAAGCUGCUGAAGAUCCAGACCAAGUACCUUGGGCGCCAGUGGAGAAAGAGCAACAUGAAAACGAUGUCUGCCAUCUACCAGAAAGUGCGCCACCGCAUGAACGAUGAUUGGGCUUAUGGCAACGAUAUUGAUGCACGGCCCUGGGACUUCCAAGCAGAAGAAUGCACUUUACGAGCCAAUAUUGAAGCCUUUAAUAGUCGGAGGUACGAUAAACCCCAGGAGUCUGAAUUUGCUCCAGUGGACAACUGCUUGCAGAGCGUGUUGGGGCAACAGCUGGAACUUCCUGAAGAUUUCUAUUACUCCUACGAACUGUGGCUGGAGAGAGAAGUGUUCUCACAGCCCAUCCACUGGGAAGAACUGUUAUGCUAUCAGUGAUGGCACCUGGGAAGUUCAACCUGAACCAAAUGCCAUUUCAGUCUCUCUAGAUAAUAGGUGCUGUGUCUGGGGGAAAAGAGGAAAUUCUUCCAUUUGGGGACCCUUAUAUCUGGCAGGAAACAUUUCACAAUGCCUGGGUUCAGACAAUCAGCGAAGGAGAAGACUUUACCGUGACUUCUUUUCCCCGCCCAGCGUGUGCUGC